AUGUAUGUUUGUCACAAAAACCAACGAGUGAUGUAUGUUGGUCAAACAGACCAACGAGAGGUGUAUGUUGGUCACACAGACCAACGAGAGAUGUAUGUAGGUCACACAGACCAACGAGUGAUGUAUAUUGGUCAAACAGACCAACUAGAGAUGCAUGUUGGUCACACAGACCAACGAGAGAUGUAUGUUGGUCAAAUGGAGACCAAUUACAAUGUUGGUCACUCAGACCAGGCUACGCGAAGAAGCGAAUUUGACAUGAUGGCGGCAGUAAGAAGAAAACGGCCAAUUGAUGCAUUACAUGCGGAAGCAAAUCAAAGAAGAGAACAGAGAGCAGCAAAUAACAAUUCAGAUUAUGUGGAAGGUUCCAUUGUUCGCAUAAAAUUGGAAAAUAUUUUGACCUACGAUUCUGUAGAGUUUCUUACAGGGCCCUUCCUCAAUGUCAUCAUAGGACCUAAUGGCACAGGAAAAUCAACCAUAGUUUGUGCAAUAUGUCUAGGUCUUGGUGGUAAAAUUGGACUUUUAGGGAGGGCUCAACAGGCAGCAGAGUUUAUUAAACAUGGCAAGCAGAAAGGAAGGAUUGAAAUUGAAUUAUUCAAUACUGAUGGAGAUAAUUAUGUGAUUGUCAGAGAGAUUCAAAAGAACAAUCAAUCUCAGUGGAGUGUCAAUGGACGCAGUGCCCCCUUGAAAGCUGUGGAAGAGCUUGUAUUGAGUAAGAAUAUUCAGGUUGGGAAUUUAUGUCAAUUCUUACCUCAGGAAAAGGUUGCAGACUUUGCGAAAAUGACUCCAGAGGAGUUACUGGAAAAUACAGAGAAGGCUGUUGGGCCUCCAGACAUGUAUGAAAACCAUAUGAAACUGAAAGAGGCCAGGAAUCAAAGUCGAAACCUACAACAAGGAUUUGAUAAUCUUGAAGAAAGAUUAGAGCAAGACAUUAAUAAAAACAGCAGAUUGGAACAAGAUGUGAAAAACUUCCAGGAACGGGAAAGACACUUAGAAAAAGUAGAAAUCCUUCGAAAGAAGCGACCAUGGAUAGAAUAUGAUGACAAACGAAAAUUAUAUGAUGUGGUGAAAAGAGAGCGAGACACCAAAGUGGAUUCACAUAAACAAGCUAGGGUCCAAUUUGAGCCAUUACAGAGAAGACUUGAUGAGAUUGCAUUAAAGAAGGAACGAGCCGAUGGACAAAUGAAACAAAAGACCAACAGUUUGAGAGAUUUUGCAACAAAAGCCCAAGCCAAUAGCAAAGAGAUAGAAGCUGCCACUGAUAAGAAUAAUGAAAUCCAGGAUGAAUUGAACCUUAAAAAGACAGAGGAAAAUGCAAGACGAAAAAGAAUACAAGAUCUACAACGACAAGUUGAUGCACUGCAGUCAGAAUAUCAAAACACAGAUGAGCAGGAAAAUCUACAGCCAUUACUAGAAAGGACUACCAAUGAAAUGAGAGCUGUAAACAGAAGCAUGACACAAAUAAAUGAGGAUGGUGAUGGAAUUCGACGUGGAAUCACAGACCUGAAAAGACAAAUUGAUGGAUGCCAACAGGAGCUAAAAAAGAUGCAGAAUAUAGAGAAUAAGAGAAUGGAGAUCUUACGGGGCAAAGACAAAGACACAUACAAUGCUGUUGUCUGGUAUAAACAGAACAAAGACCAGUUCAGGGGCAACGUACAUCUCCCCAUGAUGUUGUCCAUUAACCCAAAGGAUGCUUCAUAUGCCAAGUACAUUGAGAUGCAUAUAAGUGCCAAAGAUUUCCAGGCCUUUGUAUUUGAGGACAGCCAGGACUACACCAACUUCAUGAACAUUAUACGUGAUGAACAGAGACUUAAAGUCAAUGCUGUUAAGGUUCCUCAAGCUCCACUUGAUUCCUUUAAACCUAAAUACAGCAUAGAUCAUUACAGGCAGUAUGGGUUCCAGGGUUACUUAAAGGACUACAUGCACUGUCCUGAUGGGGUAAUGAGAUACCUUUGUGCCCAAUACAAUGUACAUUCCAUACCUGUUGGAAACCGCAGAACCAAAGACUGUAUACCAGACAUCAAGAGAGACCACCCAGAGCUACGUACUUUCUUCACUGAUGAUUAUCAGUACACCUUUAGAGUGUCCAAAUAUGAUGGUACUAUUUCUUCAAGAAGUUCCAAAAUUAGAUACCCGUCCUGGCUGACAGCAUCAGCUGAUACUACAAGAGAGAAAGAACUAGAAUCACAGAUACGGGAACACCAAGAUGAAUUGAAGAAACAAGAAGAAAAAUACAGAGAUCUUCAACGACAGUCUAAAGAUUUUGAAGUGAGAAUGAACCGAUUGAGAGAAGAAAAGAAACAACUUACACAGAAAAAGGACCAGAAAAAGAAACUUCUCUCACAAAUUGAAAAUAAAAGACAGAGAAUCAGAACAGAAGAAGGGGAGGCAGUCAAUUUACAUGCAGAGAAGGAACGGACCUUAAGAAAGACUAGGGAAAUCAAUAUCAAGAAAUGUAAAUCUCUACAACUGAUGAAGGAAAAUACACAGAAAUGUCUAGAAUUGAUCAUGGGGAAAGUGCGACUAAGUCUGCAGCAUGCUUCAAUUGUCAAAGACCAGGAGAUAGUGGAGGAGGAACUGCGGGAUCAAUCACAACAUUUAGUGAAUCUUGAGAGAUCAGUAGAGGAGGCUAAGAUAUUAGUACGACAGGUAAAAGACUCGGCCAAACACUUAUUGGAGAUAGCUAAACGUGCUACUGGAACAGCUGCCAACGCUGAACUGUCUAAUGAACUGCGUGAGAGGUUUGAGCAGUACCCUGCCACACUCGAGGAGAUUGACUCUAUGAUUCAUGAGGAACAAGCAAGAGCAGACUCACUUUUCCAAGCAGAUAAAAGUAUUGUGAAGGAGUAUGAAGCACGUAAGAAAGAGAUUGCUGCUCUGAAGGCCGAGUUGGAAAAGAGACGAAGUGCCAUGGCAGGCCAUCAGGAGGAGAUUGAACGUGCCAAACAACAGUGGCUUGAACCACUUAAGGUUCUCAUAGAUACCAUCAACAACAAUUUUAGCUACUUCUUCUCCUGCAUGAGCUGUGCUGGUGAAAUAGAACUUAGUCAGCCAGAGAACCAGGAGGACUAUGAAAAGUAUGGUGUUAAGAUCAAAGUGAAGUUUCGUGAUAAUGAAACUCUUCGGGAGUUGACCCCACACCACCAGUCAGGUGGAGAGAGGAGUGUAGCCACAAUUCUUUACAUGAUGGCACUACAAGAACUCGCCAAAUGUCCUUUCAGAUGUGUGGACGAAAUCAACCAGGGAAUGGAUCCUAUCAAUGAGAGAAAAGUAUUUGAACUUGUGGUACAAACUGUUUGUAAAAAGUCUUCAUCACAGUAUUUCCUGCUUACUCCAAAGUUGUUGCCUGACCUUCUGUACGCUGACAAUAUGACAGUUCUCUGUGUGUACAAUGGUCCUUCAAUGUUAAACCACACAGAUUGGAGUCUGAAGAAAUUCAUGAGGAGGCGACGUAAAAUUGUAGAUUAGAUCCCGAGGACUAGUGGAGUUGGGAUAUAUUUAACAUAAUUGUGAUACAUUGGUGAGAGAGAGAGAAAUGAAAAUGAUAUGUCCUAGUAAGAGAAAGUGAUUAAGGUAAUGUUCCAUUUGGUGCCAAACUAUUUUUAAGCAUUGUUAUAUAUUUUACUGGAGAUGAGGCCAAAUUAAAUCAAUGUUUUCAACAGAACU